AGCCACGUACUUAUAUAAACCACAGUGGGAUGAAAUUUGACGCCAGAUCUUUAGCAUCCUUCUCUCUCCUGCACACCGCUGUGCCCUCCGCUCAUCAUGGCCUUAGUAUAUGUGGUCGCAACGUUGCUGGUAGGUGCGGUGGCAGGAGUUGCUGAACCGGAUGCUGCAAUUAUCUCCCACCGUGGAUCUGCAUUCUUCCCGACUACCAAGCCCCGCCAAGCCUUGGGCUUCGUCCCGGCCUACCAUCCCUCACCCUUCGUCACUCCGGCCUACGGAGCUAUUCCUCCCUAUCAUGCCGUCACUCCGGCCUAUGGAGGCAUCCCCCCUCCUUUCCAUGCCUACCCACCUUCUUCAUACCACGCUGCCUUUAAGUGUCGUGGAUACGACAAGGUCCCUGCUUGUUUUCACAACACGACCAAGCCCUGGUGCCUCUACGACCAUGAAUACCCUGAAUAUGAGAUCAAGGACGCUCUGCGUUACCAUAAAACUGGUGUUCUGCCCUUGUACGCUGAUGUGGUCGACCUUGGCACCGCCAGCUCCACUGACCGUCCUCUCCACUUGGAUGAAGAGAGUUAUCUCUGUCCCUAUGAAACCAGCUACAUUAGGCCUCUUAGAGCCAUUAAUACCGACGGUCAGUGGAGGAUUAUCGUCAACAAUAUCCACGAGGAUUACGAGACCUUCACGCAGACGGUCCGCCUGGAGGAGUGCAUCAGCUACACUACCUGCCCCCUCGUCCCUCACUGCUACGAGUCCAAAUGUCUGCAGAAGUCCCUCUACCAACGCUUCCUCGUCUACGAUCCCUGUGAUCAAUAUUUUCCCUUCAGUAUCGAAACUUUCAAGCUACCUGCUAGCUGCUCCUGUCUUUUGGGAGCUAUUUAUCUUGACUACUAGCUCCUCCUUCUAUACUAAUCUUUCAGUCCACCUCUAGAUUUUUCUUAAAAAAAAAAAAAACAGCCUAGUCGAGAGUUUAGACGAUAUGGGUCUAUCUAAGUUGCUUUUCAGGUUCUUAUUAUUUUAACAAUGUAUCAUCUCGCUUCACUAUAACAGUCUUCAUUAAGCUAAUAUUAUUUAGUUGUUCAGUGGGGUAUUCCAGUAAGUAAAAUAAUAAGGUUUCUCUUACAAGGUUCUGUAAUAGUGUGUUAAGUUACUGACUUCCCUGCUGAGGUCACAUAAUAAUAAUAAUAAUAAUAAUAAUAAUAAUAA